CUGCAACAUGAUGCACGCGCAGUGACCAUUUAUGCCAUUUCUCUCCAGGGCUCGCUACCUGUUCCCUCCCAUAAACCGCCCCCCUCCACUCUGUUGGUCAUUAGCAGCACGAGAGCAUUGCGUCUUCUUCUUCUUGACCCUCGGACCUCAAGACUUACUUUCCUCGUUCCUCUCUCCUUGCUUCUCUCUUUCUUUCUCUCCUGCAUUAUCCAACUCUGAGACCAAUUCUCCUAAUCCCUACCUCUAUCAAUCAAUCAAUCCAUUCAUCAUGUCUGACCUAGGACGCAAGCCUCUCACUGAUCAGGCUCAAGAGAAGCUGACCCCCGACUCGCAAAAGUCCACUCUCGACAAGGCCACCGAGAGCGUCACUGGAGCCGCCGACAACAUUGCUGGAGCCGUUCAACCAGGUGACAGCAAGUCCACAAGCCAGAAGUUGGCAGAUGAGACCACAAGCCAGAGCAAGUCCGCCUACGACACCGCCGCAGACAGUCUUUCGUCUGCUGGCAAGAGUAUCUCCGACACAGUCAACAAGGGCACUCAGCAGGGCAGUUCCAAUGCCAGUGCCGCCCAGGAGUCGACCAAGGGAUACCUUGAGCAAGCUCAAGAUCUUGCAGCCAGUGCAUUGAAUACUGCUAGCAAGACUGCCUCUGACUUGGCCAGUUCUAUCAGCGGAGAGAAGAAAUAGUCAAUGUGCCCCAUCUCCACUUUUCGAGCUGUAGUAUGAUUAUGGGACGUGAGAACGGAUGGUGAAGACAAACAGGAUUCAUGACAAGAUUUGAUAUACUACACUAUGGGCUACCCGAGAAGACCGUUCUCGAAUUCUGCUGAAGGUCAAUUAAUGGAACAGUGUUGAAAACCACCAAUUAAGACUCUGAUAGUUUCGGUUCAACCAGUAUACCAAUCAAGUUGUUAUCAGAUAUGUUCAGAGUAUGGCUUCAUUCUGGACUGUAUCACUCUAGUCACAUGUCACUUUGUGCAAUCAAUUUACCCCUUGAUAUA